ACAGGCUUAAUUAGGACAGCUCUAAUGAACAUGGACAGAGAAGCAAAAGAAUAUUACGAAGUGAUUAUCCAGGCCAAGGAUAUGGGCGGACAGCUGGGAGGAUUAGCUGGAACAACCACAGUCAACAUUACCCUUUCUGAUGUCAAUGACAAUCCACCCAGAUUUCCACAGAAGCACUAUCAGAUGAGUGUGCUGGAGUCCGCUCCCGUCAGCUCCACUGUGGGCCGCGUGGUUGCUAAAGACCUGGACGAAGGCAUUAAUGCGGAGAUGAAAUACAGCCUUGUGGAUGGAGAUGGUCUGGAUGUAUUUGAUAUUAACACUGAUCCUAAUUACCAAGUCGGCAUCAUAACUGUGAGAAAGCCUUUAAGUUUUGAGAGCAAGAAAAGCUACACCUUGAAAGUAGAGGGUUCCAACCCCCACCUGGAAAUGCGGUUCCUGAACCUGGGUCCCUUCCGCGACACGACCACAGUCCACAUCAGUGUGGAGGAUGUGGACGAACCUCCUGUGUUUGAGCCCAGCUUCUACUUUGUGGAAGUGCCUGAGGAUGUGGAGAUUGGAACGACUAUACAGAUCAUUUCUGCCAAGGACCCGGAUGUGACCAACAACUCCGUCAGAUACUCGAUUGACAGGAGCAGUGAUCCGGGGCGGUUCUUUUAUGUCGACGUUACAUCAGGAGCACUGAUGACUGCAAGACCUCUCGACCGGGAGGACGUUUCUUGGCACAACAUCACUGUGCUGGCCGUGGAGCUGAACAACCCCUCGCAGGUGGGCAGCGUCUCCGUGACGGUCAAAGUCCUGGACGUGAAUGACAACGCGCCGGAGUUCGCAAGGUUUUAUGAAGCUUUUGUUUGUGAAAACGCCAAAGCGGGUCAGCUGAUCCAGACAGUGAGCGCCAUCGACAGGGAUGACCCACAGGAGGGUCAGCACUUCUACUACAGCCUGGCUCCGGAGGCAGCCAACAACCCCAACUUUACUCUAAGGGACAAUCAAGACAAUACGGCAUGGAUUUUGACAAGGCGUUCUGGCUUCAGACAACACGAGCAGAACAUUUUUUACCUCCCCAUCUUGAUCAGCGACAAUGGCCGCCCCAUGCUGAGCAGCACAGGCACGCUGACUGUGCACGUGUGCAGCUGCGAUGAUGACGGCAUGGUGAUGUCCUGCAACGCGGAGGCCUACGUCCUCCCCGUCAGCCUGAGCAGAGGGGCACUCAUUGCGAUCCUUGCCUGCAUCUUUGUCCUGCUAGUGCUGGUUCUCCUCAUCCUCUCCAUGCGGCGCCAGCGGAAGCAGCCGUACAUCAUCGAUGAGGAGGAGAACAUCCACGAGAACAUCGUCAGGUAUGACGACGAGGGCGGUGGGGAGGAGGACACAGAGGCCUUUGAUAUCGCUGCCAUGUGGAACCCACGGGAGGCCCAGCUGGUGGUGAAAAACCGUCAGGACAUGCUCCCUGAAAUAGAGAGCCUCUCCCGAUACGUGCCUCAGGCGUGCAUCAUGGACAACAACGUCCACAACUACGUGCUUGCCAAGCUGUACGAAGCUGACAUGGACCUGUGGGCGCCUCCCUUUGACUCCCUCCAGACGUACAUGUUUGAAGGGAAUGGCUCGGUGGCGGAGUCGCUCAGCUCCCUACAGUCGGUGACGACAGACUCAGACCAGAGCUACGACUACCUGACAGACUGGGGGCCGCGCUUCAAAAAGCUGGCUGAGAUGUACGGUGCCACGGACAGCAGCGGAGCUCUGUGGUAACGCACAAGGAACGUCAGAGAGGUUUCCAUGCGAAACAGUGUCCGGUUAAGUCCAUUCUCAUCAGAUGCUUCCAUGGACGUGGGCGAGGCCUCCUAAAAAAAUAGCAAUACGGUGCUUGGAUGAGAAUGGGAAGAAGGGUGCGAAUGAAGGUCUCUCUGGAUCAGCUUUACUCAGUUAAAUUAAGUCACGUUUUUGAAACAGCGAGAAGCAGAAGGAAGAAAUGUUUUUCCUGGGUUUUACAGCAAAAUUGGAAAGCUCCAUGACUGGAAUAUAAUGACAUUACUCUCUCUCUGUUUCCCUCUCUCCCUCUUUCUCCCUUGUACACGGCAGCUUACUGAGCUCUAUACGUCUGGGUUCGAAGAUCUGUGAACUCCAACUGUAAUCUCUAACUCACUGAGAAAUUGCCAGCAUAGAAAAGUGGUUCCCCACCAGUUAUUUUUCCCCCAUUAAAAAGGAAAAAAAAAAUUGCUUGCUAACAAGAGGGAAAAAAAAAAUCCCACAAAGCAGAAAAUUGAAACUGGAAUCUCAGAGGGCUCUUUGUAAACUAAACCUCCUCUCUCUGUUGCUAACAGAGUCCUUUUUUAAUCCUUUAGAAACAAGGCUGAGUUGUUGGGUUUUUUCCACCUGGCUGAGUGGGCUGGGGAAGAGGCUUUGAAUUUCUGCUCUAGUUUAAUGGCUGAUCUAUGAGCGUUAACACUAAUCCAUCUCCUAUCAAGUUUGUGUAAAUUUAUUCUCGGCUCUUUACAACCAUGACUCCGCUAAACUGCUCAGAAAAAAACCAGAAAAUCUGCCUCUUUUGCACUGUAGAUGUCUCUUCCAUGUGCCAAAUGUGAAGAUUAGAUUCUACCAAUGAAAGCCAAAUAAAUUUUAAAAAAAGAAAAAGCUAUAUUUGGUAACUACAUGGGUUAGAUGGGCUUUCCUAAUCUGUGUGAGGUCAAUCCAAGGGAUGUUUACAUACUGUAGAUAACCUACUUGAACAAAUGCAGUAUUAUAGACCAAUAAAUGGAUGUAAGAAAAUUACAUGUAUAAGUUUUGUAUAUUUGUUAAUUUUGGUAAUAAAUAUGAUGUACUGC